AUUCAUUUUCAUUCUUCAUAUAUCCCCUUGUAUUAUUCGAUUCAAACAAUAAUUUAGAAUCUCACUUAAACUCUGCUGAACUGAACAUGACUUGGCGGACUUCGCGAACACGUCCCUAACCUCUUUUCCCCGUUUGCGCAAUAAUCGGUUGCGACAUGACCUCCCAUAGUACUUGUACAUACAUGUGUGGUGAAUACAGUUGUGUUUGCACGGUCUCCACUGGGUUUAAAUCAGCCCGCCAAAUCUAGCCCGACGUCGUCCGCCAGCCUGUUGGGGUUGUCGUCUAUCUCGCCCUUCUCUCACGCUCUGUCUGCUAAAGUUGCAGUAGUUGCCUAGAGUGGUAGUGCAAUGGCUGCGGAGGCAGCAGCGACGGCAGUGUGCGGCCUGGACUCUUUGUCUUUGUGCCCGUAGCACAUUACACCGCGUAGGCCCCGCCAGAGGGCGGCCUAUGUUACCCCUGUAUUGCGAAGAAAUCUGCGCGACCGCUGCUCUUGCUGCGCAGCAAACGCCUGCUUUCUCGGUGGUAGGGCUUUGCCGAACCUUACGCGUUGGGAAAGCCGCCUGUCAACUGCCCGAGCCCUUCUGUUGUAUCGAAUUCCAUAAACUAGUAGGAACUUGUGGUUGAGCGGCAAGUUAAACGAUUGUUUGUUUGUCCGCUCGUUCAUUUAUACCAUAAACAUAGAAAGAGAAGAAAGGGUGGAUCAGCUGUGCUGUCGCUUUGAACCUUUCUGUGUGUCAUAAGUGAGGCAGCGCUAGUUGUAGUGUUGGUUACUGGUUUUAGGACUGUUGCGGCUGCUAUAGCUACUACUUUCAUCGGUUGUGGUGUGGCGGCGGCCGUGUAGGUCUGUCUGUCUGCCCUCAAUCCGUACAUCAUUGUGCCGUGCCUGCCUGAACGGGUGUCCGUCUGCCCGUCCGCUGUCUGUUUCGUUCGGCUGCUGCUGCUACACACUACUCAGCCUCUAGGAAAACUUUUGGCAUUGCUAACUGCAUAUUGCUAUCUGUCUCAACAUAGUAGUGCAGUGCGUUUGCUGUUGUUGCAGCUGCAGCGGCCGAGAGCGUUAAAGCGUCGUCGUCUAUGUGUCAACCCAAUAUUUGCUCGUUACUAGAAAGGUUCUCGCUUACGAGAUAACCAACGGACAUCAAAUACACCACCAGAAAGGUAGUCUGGAACAACAACAACCGCGGUAGUGAACGAGCACACAUACCCAGUAUAUAUCAGUUUGGAACUGCGUGCGAAUAUUACAAUUGCGUGCGAUUAUUUCAUCCCGUUUUUAUCGGCGUGUGAAUCGGCUCAGUCUAUAGGUAGCCAAAGACCAUAACGCGGCAUUGAUCAAAACAAUUACCUCCCACCCGGUCUAAGUUGGUAUUGACAGUGGUCUUAGCUAAUAUCAUCAGUUCAAGCUUUGCCUGAUUCCUCGACUUCCUGCUUGUUGCCUUUCGAAAGGCUCGAGCCUGUCGAGCCGACCAUGACGCACGUUGAUACGGAGGAUGAGCUCCGUCGGAGGAACGUAGCCUCAAGCGAUUCAGAACGAGAUGAACCGUUGGAACAGCCAAGGCUUCAUCCUGCGCUGCAACGAGUUGGUUCGGCUGACCGAAAGGAUUCGGAUUUGUCGGAAGAUGAAAAACUACCGGAAGAGCGUAUGAUCGAGCAGAUGACUCGAGAUUUGCCCCAAGGAAGCGAUAAAGUGCCGUUCCUGGAUGAAUGGCUAGCAGGAGUCCCUGACAGAUAUCGCAAUGGUAUCGUGCGGUUCAUCUUUACCUGGGUGAUGAUCGGAGCCUUCGCUUUGAUUGUCUGGAGAGGACCGAUCAUGAUCAUGGUACUCAUCCUUGGAAUUCAGGUCAAAUGUUAUCAUGAGAUAAUUUCAAUUGGCUACGCGGUCUAUAGAGUACACAACCUACCGUGGUUCCGAUCGCUGUCAUGGUACUUCCUCGUAACGUCUAACUAUUUCCUUUAUGGAGAGAGCCUCGUUGACUAUUUCGCAAUCUUCGGAAGUAGAGCCCGUGCGUUAACGUUCCUAGUCACAUACCACAGAUUCAUCUCGUUCUGUCUGUACAUCACGGGCUUCGUCUGGUUCGUUCUGUCGCUCGUCAAGAAAUAUUAUAUGAGGCAAUUUUCUCUCUUUGCGUGGACUCAUGUGACGCUGCUCAUCAUAGUCACGCAGUCCUACCUUAUUCUGCAGAAUCUUUUCGAGGGACUUAUUUGGUUUAUUGUUCCAGUCUCGAUGAUCAUAACGAAUGACGUGAUGGCCUACGUUUUUGGCUUCUUUUUGGGUAAAACCCCCUUGAUCAAGCUGAGUCCAAAAAAGACAUGGGAGGGCUUCAUUGGUGGCGGUAUCUCAACGGUGAUAUUCGGAGCAUUGUUGUCGCACAUGCUUUGUGGCGUUCGCUACUUCGUCUGUCCACUCGAUCCGACCUCGGAUUCGACAACACUAGACUGCGAACCGUCACCCAUAUUCCAGCUGACAGAGUAUACACUGCCCGGAUGGAUGAGCAUCUUUUCGAGAGUGCUUCGGCUCAAGGUAACAAGCUACCCGUUCGUGCUACAUUCGAUUGCGUUAUCACUCUUCAGCUCAAUCAUUGGCCCCUUCGGAGGGUUCUUUGCCAGUGGAUUUAAACGUGCUUUCAAGAUUAAGGACUUCGGCGACGUAAUUCCGGGCCACGGAGGCAUUGUUGAUCGCUUUGACUGUCAGAUACUCAUGGCGACAUUUGUUAACGUCUAUUAUCACUCCUUCAUUCGGGCUCCUGAUCCGAAAAAAUUGCUCGCACAAAUUCUACUUCUCAAACCGGAAUUGCAACAGCAGCUAUUUAAUUCACUGCGAGAGAUACUGGUCGAAAGAGGCGCUAUUACUGAAGCAACGGUCGACCUUCCAAUCACGGAGAGUCAGUGAAAGAGAAGUUACAGCGUGACAUGUUACCAACUGCACGGCAAAACAGCCCUAUCAUCAUCGGAGAACUCUGGACUCCUUUGUAUGGAAUCGACGGCCGGUUGAACUGACUAAAGAGAAAAUAAUCACUUCCACAUGACUUAUGAUCGAAACGAGAAAUUAGCUGUAUUGCUCGAGCGGAAUGCUGAAUGUGCACCGCAGUGAGUCGAAAGUAUGUUGUAGACUGAUUUAUUCAGAAGCGACAUCAGCUGAACUUAGCGAAGUGGUAGUUCCAGAAGGCAAUAAUCGAAAUUGAGUCACUAAAAACAUAGUCGACUUCCUCCAUAAUAUAGACUAAGAAACGAAGGGCAUGAUUCCAUUUGCCAAUUCGAUUUUUCUGUUUCAUUUGAAUGAAAGGUGAGACACGGAAGAAAGAUGCUCGAAUAAUAGUUGCAUACGGCUGUUAUAGGAUGUUAUGAGCCACGGCUGAACGGCAUUAACUAGAUUAUUAAUAGAGUUCGGCAGAAAACCCGAGGAGUAAUAAGCAGAAAGUCAUCUUGGGGCGUCUUCAGUAGGUGUUAGCAGUAUUUGAAAUGUACACGCCCGCGCGAAUUGCAGAACAAAUCGUUAUCCAUAUCUAUAAACUCAGUGUCAAGUUUCUAAUUUGUUCACUUUUAUAUAUAUAUAUAUAUAUAUAU